CGGGCGGCCCGCGGCAGCACGAGCCCCCGGAGGCUCCCCGGCCGCCCGCGCGCCGGAGCCGAGACCCGCGACUGGACGCGACGGGCCGCCGCCGGCCCGCGCCGCCCGGCCGCCGCGAUGUGCGACUGCUUCCACGUGGUGCUGCCCACCUGGCCCGGAGCCCCCGGCGGCGUGUCCGGACGGCAGCUGCAGCCUGAGGAGCCGGAGGCCAAAACAGAAGACGACCCCUCGGUGACCAAAGGGCCCGUGGACGAGAUCAUUCGGCCACGGCCACAGGGGUCCUCCCCUGUGUAUGAAUACGCAGCUGAGGGUACCAGCUUUGGACUCCCGGAGGACACACCCAGGCAGCGGGCUUCCUCAGGCUCUGGGGGACGGAGGUCCUGGUGGAAGCGAGAUUCAGGGGACUCACGGACAUUCUCCAGAAUGAGUCGACCACAGUCUGUGCAGGAGGCAACAGAGGUGACGCUGACCACCGAGGUGGAAGCCGGAGCCAGCGGCUACAGCGUCACAGGGGGCGGGCACCAGGGCAUUUUUGUGAAGCAGGUGCUGAAGGACUCGUCAGCGGCCAAGCUCUUCAGCCUGAGAGAAGGGGACCAGCUGCUCAGUGCCACCGUGUUCUUCGACAACAUUAAGUAUGAAGAUGCUCUCAAAAUCCUGCAGUACUCGGAGCCCUACAGGGUUCAGUUCCAAGUCAGACGGAAACGUCCCACCCAAGACGACGAGGACGCGGCCGCCGGGGGGGCUCAGCCUGGCACGAAGGACAGGGAGAAGCAGGACAAAGAUGUGGCCGACAGCUCCACAGAGACCCCCCCACAGACCCUGGAAGGAAGCGGAGACCAGGAGAGACUGCUCGCCAAGCCCAGGGCGGGCAGAGGCAGGCGGGCCCAGAAGGAGAGGCUAUCCUGGCCCAAGUUCCAGUCCGUAACGAGCAAGUGCAGACCAGGACCGCGGAGGUCCCACAGUUCCUCCGAGGCCGACGCGCGCAGGGACACCCCCAAUGUAUCCCCCACCAGCACAGACACGGAAGCCCCGCUCCCAGCGGAGGAGCAGGAGCCGAAGGCAGGACCGGACGGUCCGCGCAGGAAGAGGUUCCUGAACCUGAGAUUCAGGAUGGGCUCAGGGAAGGGCCCGACGUUGGAGGAGCAGCCCAGCCGAGGGGGCCCGGGGGGAGCGCUCCAGCCUGGGGUCGGAGAGGAGGCCGGGUCUGGGGAGGACAGACAACAGGCCGCCCAAGCCACUGUGCUUAGCAGGACAGAGGACCGGAUGGCAGAGGGACCGGAGGGGACACCUGCUCUGAUGGCAGAGCUGCCCAUAGAGCCUGGUGCCCCCACCCUGGGAGCCCUGGGGGAAGGGGCCAGCGUGGCGUCCUGGGGCCAAAAACGAACAAAGGAGGCAAAGGACCAGGAGGACGCUGUGUCCGAGGGGAUGCCUGGGGCGAGCUCAGCCGCACACGGUGUGGACGGCCGCAGACAGGUGGCCCGGGACACGGAAGUGGGGAUUGCUGGAUCCGCUGGGCAAGGCGAAGGAGACGCACGGGGCCUCCACGCAGAUUUCCAUAUCCAAAUCCCCAACUUACAAACACCCAUGUUUAAAGUUUCCAAACAAAGAAAGCACGACCCAGAAGGAGGUCUAGCACCGGGGCCGGACGACAGGCGGGGAAGGACCACGGAAGACAGGGAACGGGGACCUGAGCUGGCAGCUCCCAGGAAGCCCUCGGGGCACUUGUCACAAGGCGAGGUAGGAGGAGCAGAGAGAGCUGAGGCAGGUCACACAGUAAGAGAGAUGAAGGACAGGGACAAAGACAAAGGAGGGAGGGAGGACAGGAGGACAGUGCUUAAGUUCAACAUUGCCUCCUUUGGGUGGUCACCCAGAAAAGAAGUGAGAGCAGCGUCGGAAAGACCCACAGAGUACCUGGACCAGGAGAAAGGAGGCACGGUAACACAAUGGACCCUGAGGACAGAUGACAAAGAGACACUGGGAGAAAAACAAGAAGAAAAAUUACACACCGAAGGGGGACAGCCAACUGCAACAGAGGCACAAAGACAGAAGAAAGGGGAGGUAACCGAGGGAGACAAAGAGGUGGAUGCCAGAGACAGCAAGUUCAAGAUGCCCAAGUUCAAGAUGCCGUCCUUCGGCGUGUCGGAGCCGAGCAAGGAUUUGGGAACCUCCGUGGACGUCAACGUGCCCAAGGUCAGAGGCGAGGCCACACUGCCGUCCCUGGGGGGGGAGGCGCGAGCCCCAGAGGGUGACGUCCAACUGCCCGGGGCUGACAUCCAGCUCCCUGGCGGAGAGCUGGUGUCCGUCCCCGAGGCAGAGGUGGCUGUGUCCGGGCUGAAGGGUAAAGCAGAAGGGGUCAAGAUCAAGGGCCAGCUGCCCACAGUGCAGAUGCCCAGCCUCAAGAUGCCCAAGGUCGACAUCAAGGCCCCUCAGGUGGAUGUCAAGGCCCCCCAGGUGGACAUCAAGGGGCCGAAACUGGACCUGAAGGCCGCCAAAGGGGAGGUGAGGGGCCCCGAUGUGGAGGUAUCCCUGCCCGGCGUGGAGGUGGACGCCCAGGUGCCCGGCGCCCGGCGGGACGCUGACCUGUCCCUGGGAGACAAGGAGGUGGCCUCCAGAGACAGCAAGUUCAAGAUGCCCAAGUUCAAGAUGCCGUCCUUCGGCGCGUCGGCGCCAAGCAAGUCCUUGGAGGCCUCAGUGGAUGCGUCCCUGCCCAAGGUGCAGGCAGAGGUGUCCAUGCCCUCCGUACAGGCCGACGUCAAGACCAGUGACGUGAUGGUUGAGUUGCCAUCCUCCGACCUAGAGGUCAAGACUGCCUCGUUGGGCCUGAAGCUCCCUGAAGGCCAAGUGCCUGUGGGGGAGCUCCAAGAACCCUCGGCUGGAGCCGGACUCAAAGGGCACCUGCCCAAGGUGCAGAUGCCCAGCCUCAAGAUGCCCAAGGUGGACAUCAAGGGGCCGAAACUGGACCUGAAGGCCGCCAAAGGGGAGGUGAGCGCCCCCGAUGUGGAGGUAUCCCGGCCCGGCGUGGAGGUGGACGCCCAGGUGCCCGGCGCCCGGCGGGACGCUGACCUGUCCCUGGGAGAUGAGGAGGUGGCCGCCAGAGACAGCAAGUUCAAGAUGCCCAAGUUCAAGAUGCCGUCCUUCGGCGUGUCGGCGCCGAGCAAGUCCUUGGAGGCCUCAGUGGACGCGUCCCUGCCCAAGGUGCAGGCUGAGGUGUCCGUGCCCUCAGUACAGGCCGGCGUCAAGACCAGUGACGGGACCGUUGAGCUGCCAUCCGCCGACCUAGAGGUCAAGACUGCCUCGUUGGGCCUGAAGCUCCCUGAGGGCCAAGUACCUGAGGGGGAGCUCCAGGAACCCUCGGCCGGAGCCGGACUCAAAGGGCACCUUCCCAAGGUGCAGAUGCCCAGCCUCAAGAUGCCCAAGGUCGACAUCAAGGCCCCCCAGGUGGACAUCAAGGCGCCAAAACUGGACCUGAAGGCCGCCAAAGAGGAGGUGAAGGCCCCCGAUGUGGAGGUGUCCCUGCCCGGCGUGGAGGUGGACGCCCAGGUGCCCGGCGCCCGGCUGGACGCUGACCUAUCCCUGGGGGACAAGGAGGUGGCCGCCAGAGACAGAAAGUUCAAGAUGCCCAAGUUCAAGAUGCCGUCCUUUGGCGUGUCGGCGCCGAGCAAGGAUUUGGGAACCUCCGUGGACUUCAACGUGCCCAAGGUCAGAGGCGAGGCCACACUGCCGUCCCUGGGCGGGGAGGCGCGAGCCCCAGAGGGUGACGUCCAACUGCCCGGGGCUGACAUCCAGCUCCCUGGCGGAGAGCUGGUGUCCGUCCCCGAGGCAGAGGUGGCUGUGUCCGGGCUGAAGGGUAAAGCAGAAGGGGUCAAGAUCAAGGGCCAGCUGCCCACAGUGCAGAUGCCCAGCCUCAAGAUGCCCAAGGUGGACGUCAAGGCCCCCCAGGUGGACAUCAAGGGGCCGAAACUGGACCUGAAGGCCGCCAAAGGGGAGGUGAGCGCCCCCGAUGUGGAGGUAUCCCUGCCCGGCGUGGAGGUGGACGCCCAGGUGCCCGGCGCCCGGUGGGACGCUGACCUGUCCCUGGGAGAUGAGGAGGUGGCCGCCAGAGACAGCAAGUUCAAGAUGCCCAAGUUCAAGAUGCCGUCCUUCGGCGUGUCGGCGCCGAGCAAGUCCUUGGAGGCCUCAGUGGACGCGUCCCUGCCCAAGGUGCAGGCUGAGGUGUCCGUGCCCUCCGUACAGGCCGGCGUCAAGACCAGUGACGGGACCGUUGAGCUGCCAUCCGCCGACCUAGAGGUCAAGACUCCCUCGUUGGGCCUGAAGCUCCCUGAGGGCCAAGUACCUGAGGGGGAGCUCCAGGAACCCUCGGCCGGAGCCGGACUCAAAGGGCACCUUCCCAAGGUGCAGAUACCCAGCCUCAAGAUGCCCAAGGUCGACAUCAAGGCCCCCCAGGUGGACAUCAAGGGGCCGAAACUGGACCUGAAGGCCGCCAAAGGGGACGUGAGCGCCCCCGAUGUGGACGUGUCCCUGCCCGGCGUGGAGUUGGACACCCAGGUGCCCGGUGCCCGGCGGGACGCUGACCUGUCCCUGGGAGACAAGGAGGUGGCCUCCAGAGACAGCAAGUUCAAGAUGCCCAAGUUCAAGAUGCCGUCCUUCGGCGCGUCGGCGCCGAGCAAGUCCUUGGAGGCCUCAGUGGACGCGUCCCUGCCCAAGGUGCAGGCUGAGGUGUCCGUGCCCUCAGUACAGGCCGGCGUCAAGACCAGUGACGGGACCGUUGAGCUGCCAUCCGCCGACCUAGAGGUCAAGACUGCCUCGUUGGGCCUGAAGCUCCCUGAGGGCCAAGUACCUGAGGGGGAGCUCCAGGAACCCUCGGCCGGAGCCGGACUCAAAGGGCACCUUCCCAAGGUGCAGAUGCCCAGCCUCAAGAUGCCCAAGGUCGACAUCAAGGCCCCCCACGUGGACAUCAAGGCGCCAAAACUGGACCUGAAGGCCGCCAAAGAGGAGGUGAAGGCCCCCGAUGUGGAGGUGUCCCUGCCCGGCGUGGAGGUGGACGCCCAGGUGCCCGGCGCCCGGCUGGACGCUGACCUAUACCUGGGGGACAAGGAGGUGGCCGCCAGAGACAGAAAGUUCAAGAUGCCCAAGUUCAAGAUGCCGUCCUUCGGCGUGUCGGCGCCGAGCAAGGAUUUGGGAACUUCCGUGGACGUGACCGUGCCCAAGGUCGGAGGCGAGUCCACACUGCCGGUCCUGGGAGGGGAUGCGCGAGCCUCAGACGGUGCCGUCCAACUGCCCGCUGCUGACAUCCAGCUCCCUGGCGGAGAGCUGGAGGUGUCCGUCCCCGAGGCAGAGGUGGCUAUGUCCGGGCUGAAGGGUAAAGCAGAAGGGGUCAAGAUCAAGGGCCAGCUGCCCACAGUGCAGAUGCCCAGCCUCAAGAUGCCCAAGGUCGACAUCAAGGUCCCCCAGGUGGACGUCAAGGCCCCCCAGGUGGACAUCAAGGGGCCGAAACUGGACCUGAAGGCCGCCAAAGAGGAGGUGAGGGCCCCCGAUGUGGAGGUGUCCCUCCCCGGCGUGGAGGUGGACGUCCAGGUGCCCGGCGCCCGGCGGGACGCUGACCUAUCCCUGGGGGACAAGGAGGUGGCCGCCAGAGACAGCAAGUUCAAGAUGCCCAAGUUCAAGAUGCCGUCCUUCGGCGCGUCGGCGCCAAGCAAGUCCUUGGAGGCCUCAGUGGAUGCGUCCCUGCCCAAGGUGCAGGCAGAGGUGUCCAUGUCCUCCGUACAGGCCGACGUCAAGACCAGUGACGUGACGGUUGAGUUGCCAUCCGCCGACCUAGAGGUCAAGACUGCCUCGUUGGGCCUGAAGCUCCCUGAAGGCCAAGUGCCUGUGGGGGAGCUCCAAGAACCCUCGGCUGGAGCCGGACUCAAAGGGCACCUGCCCAAGGUGCAGAUGCCCAGCCUCAAGAUGCCCAAGGUCGACAUCAAGGCCCCUCAGGUGGACGUCAAGGCCCCCCAGGUGGACAUCAAGGGGCCGAAACUGGACCUGAAGGCCGCCAAAGGGGAGGUGAGCACCCCCGAUGUGGAGGUAUCCCUGCCCGGCGUCGAGGUGGACGCCCAGGUGCCCGGCGCCCAGCGGGACGCUGACGUGUCCCUGGGAGACGAGGAGGUGGCCGCCAGAGAAAGCAAGUUCAAGAUGCCCAAGUUCAAGAUGCCGUCCUUCGGCGUGUCGGCGCCGAGCAAGUCCUUGGAGGCCUCAGUGGACGCGUCCCUGCCCAAGGUGCAGGCUGAGGUGUCCGUGCCCUCAGUACAGGCCGGCGUCAAGACCAGUGACGGGACCGUUGAGCUGCCAUCCGCCGACCUAGAGGUCAAGACUGCCUCGUUGGGCCUGAAGCUCCCUGAGGACCAAGUACCUGAGGGGGAGCUCCAGGAACCCUCGGCCGGAGCCGGACUCAAAGGGCACCUUCCCAAGGUGCAGAUGCCCAGCCUCAAGAUGCCCAAGGUCGACAUCAAGACCCCCCAGGUGGACGUCAAGGCGCCAAAACUGGACCUGAAGGCCGCCAAAGAGGAGGUGAAGGCCCCUGAUGUGGAGGUAUCCCUGCCCGGCGUGGAGGUGGACGCCCAGGUGCCUGGCGCCCGGCGGGACGCUGACCUGUCCCUGGGAGACGAGGAGGUGGCCGCCAGAGACAGCAAGUUCAAGAUGCCCAAGUUCAAGAUGCCGUCCUUCGGCGUGUCGGCGCCGAGCAAGUCCUUGGAGGCCUCAGUGGACGAGUCCCUGCCCAAGGUGCAGGCUGAGGUGUCCGUGCCCUCAGUACAGGCCGGCGUCAAGACCAGUGACGGGACCGUUGAGCUGCCAUCCGCCGACCUAGAGGUCAAGACUGCCUCGUUGGGCCUGAAGCUCCCUGAGGGCCAAGUACCUGAGGGGGAGCUCCAGGAACCCUCGGCCGGAGCCGGACUCAAAGGGCACCUUCCCAAGGUGCAGAUGCCCAGCCUCAAGAUGCCCAAGGUCGACAUCAAGGCCCCCCACGUGGACAUCAAGGCGCCAAAACUGGACCUGAAGGCCGCCAAAGAGGAGGUGAAGGCCCCCGAUGUGGAGGUGUCCCUGCCCGGCGUGGAGGUGGACGCCCAGGUGCCCGGCGCCCGGCUGGACGCUGACCUAUCCCUGGGGGACAAGGAGGUGGCCGCCAGAGACAGAAAGUUCAAGAUGCCCAAGUUCAAGAUGCCGUCCUUCGGCGAGUCGGCGCCGAGCAAGGAUUUGGGAACCUCCGUGGACGUGACCGUGCCCAAGGUCGGAGGCGAGGCCACACUGCUGUCCCUGGGGGGGGAGGCGCGAGCCCCAGACGGUGCCGUCCAACUGCCCGCUGCUGACAUCCAGCUCCCUGGCGGAGAGCUGGAGGUGUCCAUCCCCGAGGCAGAGGUGGCUGUGUCCGGGCUGAAGGGUAAAGCAGAAGGGGUCAAGAUCAAGGGCCAGCUGCCCACAGUGCAGAUGCCCAGCCUCAAGAUGCCCAAGGUCGACAUCAAGGCCCCCCAGGUGGACGUCAAGGCCCCCCAGGUGGACAUCAAGGGGCCGAAACUUGACCUGAAGGCCGCCAAAGGGGACGUGAGCGCCCCCGAUGUGGAGGUAUCCCUGCCCGGCGUGGAGGUGGACGCCCAGGUGCCCGGGGCCGGGCGGGACGCUGACCUGUCCCUGGGUGACGAGGAGGUGGUCGCCAGAGACAGCAAGUUCAAGAUGCCCAAGUUCAAGAUGCCGUCCUUCGGCGUGUCGGCGCCGAGCAAGUCCUUGGAGGCCUCAGUGGACGCGUCCCUGCCCAAGGUGCAGGCUGAGGUGUCCGUGCCCUCAGUACAGGCCGGCGUCAAGACCAGUGACGGGACCGUUGAGCUGCCAUCCGCCGACCUAGAGGUCAAGACUGCCUCGUUGGGCCUGAAGCUCCCUGAGGGCCAAGUACCUGAGGGGGAGCUCCAGGAACCCUCGGCCGGAGCCGGACUCAAAGGGCACCUUCCCAAGGUGCAGAUGCCCAGCCUCAAGAUGCCCAAGGUCGACAUCAAGACCCCCCAGGUGGACGUCAAGGCGCCAAAACUGGACCUGAAGGCCGCCAAAGAGGAGGUGAAGGCCCCUGAUGUGGAGGUAUCCCUGCCCGGCGUGGAGGUGGACGCCCAGGUGCCUGGCGCCCGGCGGGACGCUGACCUGUCCCUGGGAGACGAGGAGGUGGCCGCCAGAGACAGCAAGUUCAAGAUGCCCAAGUUCAAGAUGCCGUCCUUCGGCGUGUCGGCGCCGAGCAAGUCCUUGGAGGCCUCAGUGGACGAGUCCCUGCCCAAGGUGCAGGCUGAGGUGUCCGUGCCCUCAGUACAGGCCGGCGUCAAGACCAGUGACGGGACCGUUGAGCUGCCAUCCGCCGACCUAGAGGUCAAGACUGCCUCGUUGGGCCUGAAGCUCCCUGAGGGCCAAGUACCUGAGGGGGAGCUCCAGGAACCCUCGGCCGGAGCCGGACUCAAAGGGCACCUUCCCAAGGUGCAGAUGCCCAGCCUCAAGAUGCCCAAGGUCGACAUCAAGGCCCCCCACGUGGACAUCAAGGCGCCAAAACUGGACCUGAAGGCCGCCAAAGAGGAGGUGAAGGCCCCCGAUGUGGAGGUGUCCCUGCCCGGCGUGGAGGUGGACGCCCAGGUGCCCGGCGCCCGGCUGGACGUGCCCGGCGCCCGGCGGGACGCUGACCUGUCCCUGGGAGACAAGGAGGUGGCCUCCAGAGACAGCAAGUUCAAGAUGCCCAAGUUCAAGAUGCCGUCCUUCGGCGCGUCGGCGCCAAGCAAGUCCUUGGAGGCCUCAGUGGAUGCGUCCCUGCCCAAGGUGCAGGCAGAGGUGUCCAUGCCCUCCGUACAGGCCGACGUCAAGACCAGUGACGUGAUGGUUGAGUUGCCAUCCUCCGACCUAGAGGUCAAGACUGCCUCGUUGGGCCUGAAGCUCCCUGAAGGCCAAGUGCCUGUGGGGGAGCUCCAAGAACCCUCGGCUGGAGCCGGACUCAAAGGGCACCUGCCCAAGGUGCAGAUGCCCAGCCUCAAGAUGCCCAAGGUCGACAUCAAGGCCCCUCAGGUGGACGUCAAGGCCCCCCAGGUGGACAUCAAGGGGCCGAAACUGGACCUGAAGGCCGCCAAAGGGGAGGUGAGCGCCCCCGAUGUGGAGGUAUCCCUGCCCGGCGUGGAGGUGGACGCCCAGGUGCCCGGCGCCCGGUGGGACGCUGACCUGUCCCUGGGAGAUGAGGAGGUGGCCGCCAGAGACAGCAAGUUCAAGAUGCCCAAGUUCAAGAUGCCGUCCUUCGGCGUGUCGGCGCCGAGCAAGUCCUUGGAGGCCUCAGUGGACGCGUCCCUGCCCAAGGUGCAGGCUGAGGUGUCCGUGCCCUCCGUACAGGCCGGCGUCAAGACCAGUGACGGGACCGUUGAGCUGCCAUCCGCCGACCUAGAGGUCAAGACUCCCUCGUUGGGCCUGAAGCUCCCUGAGGGCCAAGUACCUGAGGGGGAGCUCCAGGAACCCUCGGCCGGAGCCGGACUCAAAGGGCACCUUCCCAAGGUGCAGAUACCCAGCCUCAAGAUGCCCAAGGUCGACAUCAAGGCCCCCCAGGUGGACAUCAAGGGGCCGAAACUGGACCUGAAGGCCGCCAAAGGGGACGUGAGCGCCCCCGAUGUGGACGUGUCCCUGCCCGGCGUGGAGUUGGACACCCAGGUGCCCGGUGCCCGGCGGGACGCUGACCUGUCCCUGGGAGACAAGGAGGUGGCCUCCAGAGACAGCAAGUUCAAGAUGCCCAAGUUCAAGAUGCCGUCCUUCGGCGCGUCGGCGCCGAGCAAGUCCUUGGAGGCCUCAGUGGACGCGUCCCUGCCCAAGGUGCAGGCUGAGGUGUCCGUGCCCUCAGUACAGGCCGGCGUCAAGACCAGUGACGGGACCGUUGAGCUGCCAUCCGCCGACCUAGAGGUCAAGACUGCCUCGUUGGGCCUGAAGCUCCCUGAGGGCCAAGUACCUGAGGGGGAGCUCCAGGAACCCUCGGCCGGAGCCGGACUCAAAGGGCACCUUCCCAAGGUGCAGAUGCCCAGCCUCAAGAUGCCCAAGGUCGACAUCAAGGCCCCCCACGUGGACAUCAAGGCGCCAAAACUGGACCUGAAGGCCGCCAAAGAGGAGGUGAAGGCCCCCGAUGUGGAGGUGUCCCUGCCCGGCGUGGAGGUGGACGCCCAGGUGCCCGGCGCCCGGCUGGACGCUGACCUAUACCUGGGGGACAAGGAGGUGGCCGCCAGAGACAGAAAGUUCAAGAUGCCCAAGUUCAAGAUGCCGUCCUUCGGCGUGUCGGCGCCGAGCAAGGAUUUGGGAACUUCCGUGGACGUGACCGUGCCCAAGGUCGGAGGCGAGUCCACACUGCCGGUCCUGGGAGGGGAUGCGCGAGCCUCAGACGGUGCCGUCCAACUGCCCGCUGCUGACAUCCAGCUCCCUGGCGGAGAGCUGGAGGUGUCCGUCCCCGAGGCAGAGGUGGCUAUGUCCGGGCUGAAGGGUAAAGCAGAAGGGGUCAAGAUCAAGGGCCAGCUGCCCACAGUGCAGAUGCCCAGCCUCAAGAUGCCCAAGGUCGACAUCAAGGUCCCCCAGGUGGACGUCAAGGCCCCCCAGGUGGACAUCAAGGGGCCGAAACUGGACCUGAAGGCCGCCAAAGAGGAGGUGAGGGCCCCCGAUGUGGAGGUGUCCCUCCCCGGCGUGGAGGUGGACGUCCAGGUGCCCGGCGCCCGGCGGGACGCUGACCUAUCCCUGGGGGACAAGGAGGUGGCCGCCAGAGACAGCAAGUUCAAGAUGCCCAAGUUCAAGAUGCCGUCCUUCGGCGCGUCGGCGCCAAGCAAGUCCUUGGAGGCCUCAGUGGAUGCGUCCCUGCCCAAGGUGCAGGCAGAGGUGUCCAUGUCCUCCGUACAGGCCGACGUCAAGACCAGUGACGUGACGGUUGAGUUGCCAUCCGCCGACCUAGAGGUCAAGACUGCCUCGUUGGGCCUGAAGCUCCCUGAAGGCCAAGUGCCUGUGGGGGAGCUCCAAGAACCCUCGGCUGGAGCCGGACUCAAAGGGCACCUGCCCAAGGUGCAGAUGCCCAGCCUCAAGAUGCCCAAGGUCGACAUCAAGGCCCCUCAGGUGGACGUCAAGGCCCCCCAGGUGGACAUCAAGGGGCCGAAACUGGACCUGAAGGCCGCCAAAGGGGAGGUGAGCACCCCCGAUGUGGAGGUAUCCCUGCCCGGCGUCGAGGUGGACGCCCAGGUGCCCGGCGCCCAGCGGGACGCUGACGUGUCCCUGGGAGACGAGGAGGUGGCCGCCAGAGAAAGCAAGUUCAAGAUGCCCAAGUUCAAGAUGCCGUCCUUCGGCGUGUCGGCGCCGAGCAAGUCCUUGGAGGCCUCAGUGGACGCGUCCCUGCCCAAGGUGCAGGCUGAGGUGUCCGUGCCCUCAGUACAGGCCGGCGUCAAGACCAGUGACGGGACCGUUGAGCUGCCAUCCGCCGACCUAGAGGUCAAGACUGCCUCGUUGGGCCUGAAGCUCCCUGAGGACCAAGUACCUGAGGGGGAGCUCCAGGAACCCUCGGCCGGAGCCGGACUCAAAGGGCACCUUCCCAAGGUGCAGAUGCCCAGCCUCAAGAUGCCCAAGGUCGACAUCAAGACCCCCCAGGUGGACGUCAAGGCGCCAAAACUGGACCUGAAGGCCGCCAAAGAGGAGGUGAAGGCCCCUGAUGUGGAGGUAUCCCUGCCCGGCGUGGAGGUGGACGCCCAGGUGCCUGGCGCCCGGCGGGACGCUGACCUGUCCCUGGGAGACGAGGAGGUGGCCGCCAGAGACAGCAAGUUCAAGAUGCCCAAGUUCAAGAUGCCGUCCUUCGGCGUGUCGGCGCCGAGCAAGUCCUUGGAGGCCUCAGUGGACGAGUCCCUGCCCAAGGUGCAGGCUGAGGUGUCCGUGCCCUCAGUACAGGCCGGCGUCAAGACCAGUGACGGGACCGUUGAGCUGCCAUCCGCCGACCUAGAGGUCAAGACUGCCUCGUUGGGCCUGAAGCUCCCUGAGGGCCAAGUACCUGAGGGGGAGCUCCAGGAACCCUCGGCCGGAGCCGGACUCAAAGGGCACCUUCCCAAGGUGCAGAUGCCCAGCCUCAAGAUGCCCAAGGUCGACAUCAAGGCCCCCCACGUGGACAUCAAGGCGCCAAAACUGGACCUGAAGGCCGCCAAAGAGGAGGUGAAGGCCCCCGAUGUGGAGGUGUCCCUGCCCGGCGUGGAGGUGGACGCCCAGGUGCCCGGCGCCCGGCUGGACGCUGACCUAUCCCUGGGGGACAAGGAGGUGGUCGCCAGAGACAGCAAGUUCAAGAUGCCCAAGUUCAAGAUGCCGUCCUUCGGCGUGUCGGCGCCGAGCAAGUCCUUGGAGGCCUCAGUGGACGCGUCCCUGCCCAAGGUGCAGGCUGAGGUGUCCGUGCCCUCAGUACAGGCCGGCGUCAAGACCAGUGACGGGACCGUUGAGCUGCCAUCCGCCGACCUAGAGGUCAAGACUGCCUCGUUGGGCCUGAAGCUCCCUGAGGGCCAAGUACCUGAGGGGGAGCUCCAGGAACCCUCGGCCGGAGCCGGACUCAAAGGGCACCUUCCCAAGGUGCAGAUGCCCAGCCUCAAGAUGCCCAAGGUCGACAUCAAGACCCCCCAGGUGGACGUCAAGGCGCCAAAACUGGACCUGAAGGCCGCCAAAGAGGAGGUGAAGGCCCCUGAUGUGGAGGUAUCCCUGCCCGGCGUGGAGGUGGACGCCCAGGUGCCUGGCGCCCGGCGGGACGCUGACCUGUCCCUGGGAGACGAGGAGGUGGCCGCCAGAGACAGCAAGUUCAAGAUGCCCAAGUUCAAGAUGCCGUCCUUCGGCGUGUCGGCGCCGAGCAAGUCCUUGGAGGCCUCAGUGGACGAGUCCCUGCCCAAGGUGCAGGCUGAGGUGUCCGUGCCCUCAGUACAGGCCGGCGUCAAGACCAGUGACGGGACCGUUGAGCUGCCAUCCGCCGACCUAGAGGUCAAGACUGCCUCGUUGGGCCUGAAGCUCCCUGAGGGCCAAGUACCUGAGGGGGAGCUCCAGGAACCCUCGGCCGGAGCCGGACUCAAAGGGCACCUUCCCAAGGUGCAGAUGCCCAGCCUCAAGAUGCCCAAGGUCGACAUCAAGGCCCCCCACGUGGACAUCAAGGCGCCAAAACUGGACCUGAAGGCCGCCAAAGAGGAGGUGAAGGCCCCCGAUGUGGAGGUGUCCCUGCCCGGCGUGGAGGUGGACGCCCAGGUGCCCGGCGCCCGGCUGGACGCUGACCUAUACCUGGGGGACAAGGAGGUGGCCGCCAGAGACAGAAAGUUCAAGAUGCCCAAGUUCAAGAUGCCGUCCUUCGGCGUGUCGGCGCCGAGCAAGGAUUUGGGAACUUCCGUGGACGUGACCGUGCCCAAGGUCGGAGGCGAGUCCACACUGCCGGUCCUGGGAGGGGAUGCGCGAGCCUCAGACGGUGCCGUCCAACUGCCCGCUGCUGACAUCCAGCUCCCUGGCGGAGAGCUGGAGGUGUCCGUCCCCGAGGCAGAGGUGGCUAUGUCCGGGCUGAAGGGUAAAGCAGAAGGGGUCAAGAUCAAGGGCCAGCUGCCCACAGUGCAGAUGCCCAGCCUCAAGAUGCCCAAGGUCGACAUCAAGGUCCCCCAGGUGGACGUCAAGGCCCCCCAGGUGGACAUCAAGGGGCCGAAACUGGACCUGAAGGCCGCCAAAGAGGAGGUGAGGGCCCCCGAUGUGGAGGUGUCCCUCCCCGGCGUGGAGGUGGACGUCCAGGUACCCGGCGCCCGGCGGGACGCUGACCUAUCCCUGGGGGACAAGGAGGUGGCCGCCAGAGACAGCAAGUUCAAGAUGCCCAAGUUCAAGAUGCCGUCCUUCGGCGCGUCGGCGCCAAGCAAGUCCUUGGAGGCCUCAGUGGAUGCGUCCCUGCCCAAGGUGCAGGCAGAGGUGUCCAUGCCCUCCGUACAGGCCGACGUCAAGACCAGUGACGUGACGGUUGAGUUGCCAUCCGCCGACCUAGAGGUCAAGACUGCCUCGUUGGGCCUGAAGCUCCCUGAAGGCCAAGUGCCUGUGGGGGAGCUCCAAGAACCCUCGGCUGGAGCCGGACUCAAAGGGCACCUGCCCAAGGUGCAGAUGCCCAGCCUCAAGAUGCCCAAGGUCGACAUCAAGGCCCCUCAGGUGGACGUCAAGGCCCCCCAGGUGGACAUCAAGGGGCCGAAACUGGACCUGAAGGCCGCCAAAGGGGAGGUGAGCACCCCCGAUGUGGAGGUAUCCCUGCCCGGCGUCGAGGUGGACGCCCAGGUGCCCGGCGCCCGGCGGGACGCUGACGUGUCCCUGGGAGACGAGGAGGUGGCCGCCAGAGAAAGCAAGUUCAAGAUGCCCAAGUUCAAGAUGCCGUCCUUCGGCGUGUCGGCGCCGAGCAAGUCCUUGGAGGCCUCAGUGGACGCGUCCCUGCCCAAGGUGCAGGCUGAGGUGUCCGUGCCCUCAGUACAGGCCGGCGUCAAGACCAGUGACGGGACCGUUGAGCUGCCAUCCGCCGACCUAGAGGUCAAGACUGCCUCGUUGGGCCUGAAGCUCCCUGAGGGCCAAGUACCUGAGGGGGAGCUCCAGGAACCCUCGGCCGGAGCCGGACUCAAAGGGCACCUUCCCAAGGUGCAGAUGCCCAGCCUCAAGAUGCCCAAGGUCGACAUCAAGACCCCCCAGGUGGACGUCAAGGCGCCAAAACUGGACCUGAAGGCCGCCAAAGAGGAGGUGAAGGCCCCUGAUGUGGAGGUAUCCCUGCCCGGCGUGGAGGUGGACGCCCAGGUGCCUGGCGCCCGGCGGGACGCUGACCUGUCCCUGGGAGACGAGGAGGUGGCCGCCAGAGACAGCAAGUUCAAGAUGCCCAAGUUCAAGAUGCCGUCCUUCGGCGUGUCGGCGCCGAGCAAGUCCUUGGAGGCCUCAGUGGACGAGUCCCUGCCCAAGGUGCAGGCUGAGGUGUCCGUGCCCUCAGUACAGGCCGGCGUCAAGACCAGUGACGGGACCGUUGAGCUGCCAUCCGCCGACCUAGAGGUCAAGACUGCCUCGUUGGGCCUGAAGCUCCCUGAGGGCCAAGUACCUGAGGGGGAGCUCCAGGAACCCUCGGCCGGAGCCGGACUCAAAGGGCACCUUCCCAAGGUGCAGAUGCCCAGCCUCAAGAUGCCCAAGGUCGACAUCAAGGCCCCCCACGUGGACAUCAAGGCGCCAAAACUGGACCUGAAGGCCGCCAAAGAGGAGGUGAAGGCCCCCGAUGUGGAGGUGUCCCUGCCCGGCGUGGAGGUGGACGCCCAGGUGCCCGGCGCCCGGCUGGACGUGCCCGGUGCCCGGCGGGACGCUGACCUGUCCCUGGGAGACAAGGAGGUGGCCUCCAGAGACAGCAAGUUCAAGAUGCCCAAGUUCAAGAUGCCGUCCUUCGGCGCGUCGGCGCCGAGCAAGUCCUUGGAGGCCUCAGUGGACGCGUCCCUGCCCAAGGUGCAGGCUGAGGUGUCCGUGCCCUCAGUACAGGCCGGCGUCAAGACCAGUGACGUGACCGUUGAGCUGCCAUCCGCCGACCUAGAGGUCAAGACUGCCUCGUUGGGCCUGAAGCUCCCUGAGGACCAAGUGCCCGACGGGGAGCUCCAGGAACCCUCGGACGGAGCCGGACUCAAAGGGCACCUUCCCAAGGUGCAGAUGCCCAGCCUCAAGAUGCCCAAGGUCGACAUCAAGGCCCCCCACGUGGACAUCAAGGCCCCCCAGGUGGACAUCAAGGGGCCGAAACUGGACCUGAAGGUCUCCAAAGAGGUCGUGAGUGCCCUUUACAGUGACGUGUCUGUGUCUGGCGUGGAGGUGGAUGCCCAGGUCCACGGCUCACAUUUGGCCGAGGGUAUUAUCUCUGGGGACGGGGAAGAUUUUUCCUCAGGGAAGACGUUCAAGGUUUCUAAAAUCAGCAUUUCCCCCUCCAUCCCCUUCCCCUGCAAGCCUUCCGCAGCAUGUCCUCUGGUUGCCGGGGGAGGUAAAGAUGCCGCUCUCUCGUCCUCCCCCGGCCUCAGACCUCCAGUGGUCUCUGGUAGCGAUCGGCGUGCUUCCCGUACGGAAGGUGAUGUGGCUCUGUCCACUGGAAAAGGCGGAGAAAAAUGCAAAAGCAAAAAAUCGUAUUUUAAACUGCCCAAGGUCUUCUCUCCUCCAGGGAAAACAGCUUCUGCAGAGGAACACGAGGUCACUUCACCUGUGAGUGUCUCUGCCUCCUCCUUCGAGUUCGGGCAUGGGCGGUCCCAGGGGCCGCCUGUGGCUUCUGUCGAGGCGUCCCUGCCGAUGUCCAUGCUGGGUCAGCUCAGGGGUCCCCCUGUGGAACCCUCCAGCCUCAGCCCCUGCGAGGGCGUCACUCUUACAAAAUUCCAGGUGACUGUCCCCAGAGGCCCCAUGCCCCCCGAGCUGCCUCGUGAAGCACCAUCUGGGUCCCAGAUGGCUCCUGAGCUUCUGAGCCCAGCGGGGGCAGGCGACCCCAGCUCCACUGAGCACGUCCAACUGUCCCAGCCUGACGGGUCCCCGGGGCCCGUGGACACUGUAUUUCCUGACUCUUACGGCCGGGUGACUUUUCCUAAAUUUCAUCGACCCAAAUUCUGCCUGUCGCUUCCAACCUCAGGGGCUGGAAUGGCGGCGCCCGGAGCCCAAGCGUGCGCGUCCCCUACAUCUUCCCAGCUCGCUGCGCAGGGACUGGACUCCUCCAUGGAGGAAGCCGUGGCCCGCCCAGUGCCAGGCCACCCGCGGCCACCUGCGGGGGGGAUCUCUGUGUCUGAGGUAGCAGAGGGACACGCAGGCACGGCAGGGACGGCAGCCCUGGCUGCAGCCGCCCCCGCAGGCAGAGGUGUCGCACGCAAGGGGAAAGGCAGUCUGGGGAGAGCACCGAGGCUCAGGCUUCCCUCGCUCAGCUGGUCCCCGAGGAAGGGGACGGAAGCCAAAGCAGACCCUGGCCACAGCCCGGGGGAUGCGGGUGCUCUGGGCCGCCGGCUGGGGGGUAGCGUUCCACCUGCAGAGGCUGCGGCAGACGUGACCCUCGGGAAGGAGGGAGAGGCGGGAGCGGUCAGCGUGGCUGCCCUUGCCCUGCUAAAGGUUGCGCCUCCUGGAAUGAAGUCUUCCCCAGGAGGGCCUGGCCUGCCUCAGGGAGACCCGGGUCUGGCCCACAGUGAGGGUGGUGUUGGGGGUGUUGGCGCAGCCAUGGGCCUGCCAGAAGGGGCCGAUGUGAGCCUCCACCUCUCGGAAGCCCCCAUUCCCAGCUUGGACUUUGUCCAGCCUGACCUCAGCCCCAGGGAAGCCGCGGAGCAGGGGGGCCUGGCCGCAGGCCCCCUCCCUCUUUCCAAACAUGGCCUGUCUCCCGGAGACAGCGCCCAGGGCCUUGGGCUUGGGGCCGGCUCAGCAGGCCUGCUCUGUGGGGAGGGGACAGCCGCCUUGGCAGGGACGGUGGGGAGCUCAGAGCAGGGAGCAGUUGCGGGAGAAGCGCCAGCGGGCCCCAGGGAGAGCUGGUUUAGGAUGCCCUCGCUUGGCCUGCCCAGCCUCCGAUGUGCCCCCAAGGAGUGGGCGGAGUCUGCAGGUGUGCCAGGGGAGGGCGAGGCAGUGGCCCCUGCACCUGCCACAGAGGUGGGCAUGGCUAAGUCCCCGCAGCCCCGGGAGCUUGGUGCGGACGGGGCAGCCUCGGGCAGCCCGGCUUCUUCCUACGCAGAUGUCCUGCGGAGGAACCUUGACCCUCGCAUGCCUGCAGGGCCGUCUGCUCCCGAGGUCAGGGUCCGGCCGGGCGCAGGCUCCCUGCCCCUCCAGCUGCACGGACCACCUCCAGGAGAAGCAGGAGAGGCCCCUCUUCCUGCACCAGGGGGCCAGGGCCUGGUCGGGGGGCCCGAGGGGCCGCCUUCCCAGCCCGAGGGCCCUCUCAGACUGCGGGCUUGCAGCACGCACUUGCCGUCCCAGGUUUCCGUGGUCAGCGUGGGUCAGGUCUGGGAAGACUCCGUGCUACGUGUCCAGAUCCCCAAGUUAAAGGUCCCGAGGUUCAGCUUUCCGGCCCCCAGCUCAGAGGCCGUUGUUUUUGUGCCCGGCGUGAGAGAGCUAUCCUGCCCUCAGAGCGCUCCUGACGCGGCCCUGCUCACAUACAGUACUGCAGGGCGGGGUGCCCGCACCCCGGAGGCCCCCCAGGCCCUCGGCCUCCCCUCAGAAACUGCCCCCAUUUGUAAGGUCAGGGUGCACAUCCAGGGUGCGGAGGCAACCAGCCGCCAGGUGGCUGUGCACAGCACAGUGACCACUGUGUACACUGAGCUCUCAGGGCCUGAGGUCUGUCCCACCCAGAUCGUGCGGGAGUCAGAGGUCCCCGUGUCAGAGACCCAAACGCUUGCUUACGGGUUUUCCUUGCUAAAGGGGAGGGUCCCAGAGCCCCCCACUCGGGCACGGGUGCAUGUGGUACCAGCAGACCAAGGGCCAGCAGGACACCGAGAGGCUCAGGAACUGGCGGUCCCAGGACUGGACCCCACUUCUGGAGACCUCCAGCCUGACACCGGGGAGCCUUUCGAAAUCAUCUGUCCCAGCGUAGAUGAGCCGGGACCGGCAGCGGGCCCGUCCUACCGGCGCUCCGGCCGCGGGCACACAGACAGCUGCUCCGACGACGAGCCGGCGGAGAUACUGGAGCUCCUGCCGGAAGAGGACCAGGAGACAGAGGAGGCCAGGGCCUGGGCUGUGGAUGACCAGGCUCCCAAAGCAAGACCAGAAGGUAAAAGCUCCUCUGGUCUGUUCAGGUUUUGGCUCCCGAGCAUUGGCUUUUCCUCCUCGGUCUCCGAGACCAGUGCCGAUUCCCAAGCCAGUGCCCAGAGACUGGCUCCUGUGCAGACCCAGCCCGAGGCGCGGCCGCCUCCCUCGCAGGAGAAGGGGGGCUGGUUCCGAUUUCCCAAGUUGGGCUUCUCUUCCUCCCCUCCCAAGAAAAGCAAAAGUGUGGAAGAGGAGGCAAGCCCAGCCGAGGAAAACCUCCAGGAAGAGGCAGGCACCUUCUAUGAUGCGCGAGAAAGCCUCUCCCCGGAAGAGCUGGGAGCCGGGGAGCCGGCAGAGGCGGUGGGCACCGGUGCGGCUCCAGUACCACGGUGACCUCCGCGGCAAGAACGCAGCGGGUCCUGCUGGAGUGGGACACAGCCGCCAGCCAGCAGUCUGCGCCCAGGCCCGCCACCGCAUGAGGACUGGGAAGGGGUGACUGUUCCACGCGGGACAGGCGCCCACACCAAGCCCCAGAACCCCAGCAGCACCAGGCUCCCACCCGACCAUGCUGCCACCUGCCGCUCUCCUGGCACUGAGGCACAUGACACAUGGCCGGCCCCCGACGUGUGGCCAAGCUGCGGAAGCGGGGCGGCCCAGGCGCCAGGCGCCGUCCAGGGUGGGGGUGCUGCGCCGGCUGCUGGGGUGAGGCCUCCCUGAGCCGUGCCUCCAGGGAGCCACAGGCAGUGCCCAGCAGGUCCCAGCCGCGCUCUCGGGGAAGGAGGUGGUUAACCACCGUGGGUGUAGAUGUAGUGUUUGCCGUGGCCCCUGUCUUCUUCUGCUGCUUCGGGCAACGUGGUUUCCCUCGACUCCAGAAAGUCGGGUGCGUUCCAGGAGCCCCCCUGCCUGCUUCCCUGUAAGGAGCUCCUGUGCGGAACACCCUCCCCCGGGCAAGCUUGGGGAUGCGGCACACGCGGCUGGGCCCCCCGCGUGGCCUUGUGCCCCCCACUGUACACGCUGCAGCCAGGACGCCAUUGGAAUCCCCCCCCACCCCCGCAAAGGACAAUAAAGGACAAGA